CUAAGCCUUCAGGUUAAGGCGGUAAUGUUUUCAUGUGGUAACGUCAAAAUAAAUGGCAGAAGUCGUUAUGCCUGGAAGAAGGGCAUACUGGUCUAAAUACGCUUUAGAUUCAAGUGAAGAUUCAGAAUCAGCAUAUGUUCCAGGAGUAUCAGCUCCAGGAAACAGACGUCCACUGAAAAUGCUCGCUAGAAAAACUCCAGAGAUAAAAGUACGGAUUCCGAUCACACAACCUAUAGUAGAACAAGUAGCUGUGUCAAUGGACACUGUCACAGACGUGAGCUAUGAGGAAGUCAUACAGAAGAAACAAAAACCAUUCCAUUUCAAAGCUACUGCUGGGGUCAAGGCCACUCAAGGAGUGAAUGCCAAGGACACGCAAAAGGUCAAGCCAGGUUUCUAUGACAGCAAACAGAAGUCUGUAUCACUUAAAGACUUGCCAAUAGAGGAGAAGAAGAGGAUUGCCAACCUCAUAAAAGAAUUGGCAAGAGUUGGUGAUGAGAAAGAAAAAGCAGUUGACCAACUUCAUACUGAAAGAAAUCAGUUUGAGAAACAGGUGCUUCAACUUGUGGACCAACAGGAAAGAAUUCUGAACGAAAGAGAAGUCAUACAAAACCAGCUGUUCCAGUGUCAGGACCUGUUGGGGAAAUAUCAGGAGAAGAUUGAACAAAAGCAACAGGAGGUCGCCAGUCUUAUAACCACGCCCACAAAGGGUCAUAAAGACAAACAGCCAAGGUCAAAGUCACCAGAAUCUUCCAUUCCAUACACUUCCCAUUGUCAUGGUAACCAUGGUGAUUUGCGUUCGUCUCAGGACAAGCUAUACACAUCAUUAAUAGACAAGGCGAUAGCUAACCAGAGAUCAGGUAUCGGUGAGGACGGACUCAGUUCUAUUGGGGGUCAAUCAGAGGUCGGCGAGGGGUCAGUAAAAAGUCUAUCACCUCCUCGGGUUCAUCACCAGGUGCCUCUGGCUCUUAGGAAUCCAGUCAUGUCUAGUACGCAAAAAAGUGCUGACAUAAAAGUGUUCAAUUCAGAAGAGGGCAGUUUCCAUUCAUUGCAACCCGACCCCAGCCCAAGGUCAUCACGCAUAUCUAAUGAGUUUGUUCCAGGCAUUGAGUAUAAUAGAGACUUAUUGCAAAAAUCUAAGGUAGGGUUCAAGGAGAAAUUAGAGGAAGACUUUGAUAAACUACACUCUCCAAAUGUAAACCCGUCAGGAGUGUUUGGAGAUAAAACCUAUAUGAGUUAUUACAAGAAAUUGUCUCAGACAGACAGGAAACGCGAGUUACUACGGCAACGGGAGAAAUUACUUGACGAGCAACGGAGGUUAAAAGACAUUCUGAGGUCACAAGAAUCUCAAAUAAAGACACGACAAAAUUUGAUAGAGCAACAACGAGAUCUGCAACAAGACAGAUUGGAAUUCUUUGAGAAAAACGGUAAAUUCCCUCUUGGUAGGGAGCCUGAGGUUCCUUCAACAAAUACAAUAUCCUCCAAGGAAAACAUCCCUCCUCCUCCUCCUGUGUCGAUGCCCCUUCCUCAUGCACAGGGAGAUGACGAUGGCAGUUUGUUUGAUUACGGGGUUAAAAAACUAAAUUUUGAUGCAGAAGGAGAUGAUGCUGGAGAAGAGGCUAUGAAAACUCCACCAAAAUCACAGCAACGGAAUCAGCACUCAAUGGCCUACAUCUCCAAGACCCAGAGACACAAUGAGUCAGUAGAGGACCUCCUGCUUGGACAGCAGCUGGGUAAUCUCCCCUUACCUCACAGUCCUGCCACUAGGGGCAGCCCUGGUCAGCAAUCCCACCAAAAUAACCUCCCUUUACAGUCCAACAGAGGGCGCUCAAAUCAGUCACCAGUCAGCAAACCAUCAGCAGGGAACAAGACUUUAUCUGUGAUAGAGAUACUAAACACAAUGGAGAAAAGUCCAUCCUGGUCAGGGAGCGUGCGCAGUAAACGGAACAGCCCAAUGUUGUCAGGGGACCGUACACAGAAAUAUAAACAGUCCAAGACAGUCAGGAAAUUUACGUGGUCAAAAGGACAGUCCAGCCCCCACGUACAAUACCCCUCAGAAAUCGGAUGCUCUUUAUGACUUUGUGGAGUCUGGGGAUGAGGAAGAAAGCCAGAUUCUAGAGGAUGUUUUUUUCCUUAAAUGAGCUUAUAUUUUUAACUCAUUUCUAUGAAACUGAAAAUGACUGAAUCUCUUCAGUGAUUAGUUAAGGGAUUAUCUCCCGCUUGUCCGGAUAUCUGGAUGAACAGAUAUUAGAUAUACAUGAAUAUGUGAGUCAGUCUGAAGACCAAACUUUGAUGAUGAAAACAGAUUCUGUGUUAGGAGGUUGAAAGAGUUUCUUAUUCCAUCCAAAUCUCUCCUGAACUGGUUGUGAAAGAAGAUCAAGGGUUGUCUCCCCUUGCCAAAAGGUUAUGAUCAGACAGAUCAUUAGUAUAAGAUCAAUUAUGACAUCAUCUAUAUUUAUUAUGUCACAUGAGCAUGUUAAUAUCACCUUUGGCCAGAUUCUGUGUACAAAGAGGCAAAGUGUUAUCUCCCAUAGGGCGAACAAUUGCUUUUAAAGGGGCAUUCCUUCGGUUGAAUAAUGUUUAUGUCGUCAAAAUUAAAUUUACUGGAAAAUAUGUAUUUUUUCCAAGUAGUAAAAGUUAUAAUCUUAACAUUAAUACAGCGGUUACACUUUCAAGAUAAACCAAACUUUUUUGACACUGAAAAUUCUUAAUUCACCCUGAAGUAUCACUAAUUACCGCAAAGACAUAGGCAUUCGUCUACAAUACGCCUUUUCCCUGUAUAUUUCAGCGUUAAUUUCAUUACUUUUAGGCACAAAAACUCAUAUAAUCAUCAUUUGAACAUAGAUUUCAUCAACAGAAAUCUUACAUGUUUCUGAUGUCCAAACGAAGGUGCCCCCUUAAAAGAAAAUACGAAGAGUUCAAAAUAUCCCAUGUAUAAAAUAAAUCUGAUGAAUCACAUUCUGUGUAAUGAAAAUGUAAAUAUAGUAAUGACUAAAAGCCAACAUUUAAUCAGAUAUUCACCCUAGGGCUGAUGGGUAUAUUUAACUAUGAUAUCUUUUGACGACUUUUAAAUCCUACACCGGAAGUAUGUUUAUCGAGGUAUGAAAAGAACAGCAACUCCAGAUUCCAGGUUUGAAAAUGAUCCUGCCGACAUGUUUCGGCCUGCUAGGCAGGAAGUAUGUUUGUUACAGUACAAUUAAUGAUAAUACCACAAUAUUACACACACAAAAAAUUAAAAGUCGCGUGAUUUUAGGGUAUAAAUGACCUAAAAUCAUGCGACUUUUACUAUUUUUAGUGCAGUGUUAUAAGAGUGGCCUUUGGUUUUAUCAUUAAUUGUGAAAGUGCCAUGAUUUUAGGGUAUAAAUGAUCUAAAAUCAUGUGACUUUUACUUUUUUGUGUGUUAUGUUAUAAAGUUUGCCUUUGAUAUUAUCAUUAAUUGUAAAAGUCCCAUGAUUUUAGGGUAUAAAUGAAAUCAUGAGACUUCUACCUUUUUUUGUGUAAUGUGAUAAAGUUGGCCUUUGGUUUUACCAUUUAAAAGUCACAUCAUUUUCGGUUAUAAAUGACGACCAUCCAGGAAGGCUGCCAAUAUAUGUACCAAAGAUAUAUACAGAACUCAGUAGAACUAGUUAUACCUCAUAUCCUCACAUGGAGAUGGUCAUUCAUCUUUAGCUUACUGUAUUUAUUCUCAAAUAGGCCCUCUUAAAUUUCAUAGUAAGAGUGAAGUAUUUGGGAGUUUUGGGAGAUUUUUUUUUUAACCACUUAAGUUAACUUUUUUAAAAUUUGUGAUUCUGCAAAAAUGAAAGAAAGGGCUUAUUUGUGGGUGGGAUUUUAUUUACAUAUAAUGGUGUGUAGGUUUAUUUUUAGUUACUUUAUCAACAAAAUCAGACAUACAGUAACGGCACUUGUGCCCUGUAAUGCCUUGAUCUGUUUGUAACUGUAUACCAAUGCUUUAGUGCUAUAUGUAUUACAUGUACAUUUAUUUUGUGUUGCCACAAUAUAUAUAAAACCAUCAAAGUUAAUUGUGAUUUUAAUUCAAUCUUACUUACUGUUAUCGAUCACAUCUGCUAGCCAAACAUAUUAUCUCCCUUUACUACCAAAACGGAUUAUCUCCCUUGACUACCAAACAAUGUCUCCCUUACCGAUGGUGACUCCACUAACCUGACCCACCUGUAUGUGUUACUGGUUGAGUGUUUAAGCUGUAGUUCGAUCACAAUACCAAACAUUUCCAUUCAAUGAAAAAUAGAAACGAAGUAAUUUCAGAAACUCACAAAAUUAAGAUUUCAAAUGCUGUUUUUAUGUAUUAUACAUGUUAUUACAAUAUAUUGUUACCGCAGUGCAUUAUCAUUAAUAAAAACUGGGAGUUUCCCAAAAUAAUGUG